AUGCAUAAGUGGAUUGAUGCCCCAUAUGAGUGUGUGAGAUUAACAUAUAUUUCUCUAGAAGUACCUUCUGAGAAAGAAGAAAUAGAAGAUGAGAACCAGUCUCCUCCAUCCCUAGAAGAAGAAGAAGAUAUUUCUGAAACUCCUUCUCCACAACGCCAAACUUCUGUUGAUGACGUUGAUCAUGUUUUCGAGUCUCCUCCGCAUUCCAGAGACGUUGAUACUGAAGUUAAGGAUGAUGGGUAUCAAUCACCACCAAAUGAUGACCAACAGCCACCUGAUUUUACCGGGGCUCCUCCAUCAGCGAGAAUACCUCCAUCAGUCAUCCUCCAUUGCCUUCGGGUCCUCCAACAUUAA